UAAACAUAAAAAAUGGUAAAUUAGAUCACGUUUCGAAUCUGCAAAAGGUUUAAUUAGUUAAUUAAACAUACAAAAUAAUAAAAAGAAAAUUAAAGAUAUCUAGCUUUCAACAAAAUUAAUCAAGGCUUUCAAUAAUAAACAUUAUAAUAAAGAAUGAUUUUACAAAAUAAAGAUUUUCAGCGUGUUGUUAAAGAAAUCAAGUGCUUUCUUUCAAAUUUAAAUAAUAAUGAAAGUUCUGCUGAAAUAAGAGAUGUUCUAAACUUUGCAUUGCUACAUUUACACAAAUAUUUUAAGAAAGUUAAAAAUCAUAUAAAGUCUUCUGCUUUAAAUUUGGACAGUAGUAUUUCGCUUCAAAAUUCAUUUGGAUCACAGAGCUUACCAUUGAUUAUACAGCCUCAAGAUAAAUUUGAUUGGCAUUGGAUUAAUCUAGAUAGUCAUGUCUUUAGUGCAACAUUUGGGUAUAAGAAAAAAGUUCAUGAAAUUUUCAAUGUUCUUAAGACAGCUGACAUUGAUAUGCUGAAGGACCUUAUUGAAAAAGAUAAUAGUUGCGUAAAAGAAGUUGACCCAUUGGGGCGUUCUACAGUGUUUUAUUGUAUCAAUGGAAAUGAGAUAGGUCAUCUUGAGUGUUUAAAAAUAUUAUUGAAUUAUGAUGUUGAUCUUUCACAUGAAUCACAAGAUGGGCUUGGGUGUGUUCACUUGGCAUCCAUAAUGAAUAAUAAGGCAGCUCUUGAACUUAUCUUGAAUUCAAAGAAAAUAACUGUCAAUGUUAAAGACCACAAUGGAAUAUUUCCUAUUCACUAUGCAGCUGGUUAUGCAAGUGUUGAUUUCUGUAAGUUACUUAUUAAUUCUGGAGCUGAUUCUCGUUGUUUGGACAAUGAUGGAAUGAAUCCUUUGAUGUGGGCAUGUUAUUUUGAUAAAGCAGAAAAUUUUGAGUUACUUUGUAAUUUUGCAUUCGAAAAUGAAACAAUUUUUGAAUCUUUUGACACUGGAGUUCAGCUGUGUGAUAGCAAAGGAAGAUGUGUGUUGCAUCAUAGUGUAAUGAAGAGUGAAAGUAACCAAUGUUUAAAAAUGUUGCUGAAGCCACAUUAUAAAGAAAAAAUUGAUAAUGAAGGAAAAAAUGUUUUACACUAUAUAGCUGAGCAUGGGGCAUGUGAAGCUUUAAAAGAGUAUUUACAAAUAUGUGGUAAUGACUUUUUGAAUUCUAUUGAUUUAAUGGGAAGAACACCAUUACAUUUAGCUUGUAUAUGCGGCCAUGGGCAAAUUAUAGACAUGUUGUUGAAUAAAGGAGCUUCGCUUGAUCUAAAAGACAGACAGGCCUUCACUCCUUUUGAUUAUGCUCGGUCUAAAAAUCUUCAUUACUGUCAUCUUGUUUUUCAAUACCAUCAAAAGUAUAGAGAGAAAAAUCAUGUUAUUGACAGCAAGAAAGUUUUAUCUAACUCAAAGCCAGUACAAGCUGAAAAAAACCCUAACCUAGAAGAAACUGAACAAUAUAAAGGAAGAACUGAAAAUCCUGAACUUAAAGAAAACAUCAAUUUAAACUUAAGACGCUUGUCAAUUGAUUCUAAUUUGGAUGAAGACUUUGAUGUACAUGAAGGUUUAGACUAUGAAGACGAUGAUAGUAGUUUAACUGAGGAAGAUGAAUUUCAAAAGAACAGUCAUAAUAACUCAGUUUUGAAAAUUUUAUCCCCUAAAUUACAAGCCUAUGAGAGAAAUACAUCUCAAGAGGGUUUUGAAAAUGACAUAUCAACAAUCAAAGAUUCUCACUCUGAAGAGUUUUCUCAUUUAAAAGAAGAAAAACUGCUCGGAGUUAAUAAAAAAUCUAGUUGUGACAAUAGUGAUUUGGAUGAUGCAAAGCUUGAUGUUGAUGCAGAGGAAGGUUCUAUUUCACCUGUUCCUCAUUCACAUCUUAGAAACCGAAAACCCACAGAAAUAUCAAAAGUACAAAUUGGAGCAAAGUUUGAUGAAAGAAAAGAUAGCAAACCUUUUAAAUUUGAUGAUAGUCAAAAACGCAAACAAGUUGUCGAAAGCAAACUGACAUCAGAUUUCCAAGAAAAUAUUUUUAAAAGACCAUCAAACCAAAGACCAUCCAUUAUAGUUAAUAGUCAACAGCCUAAACCCCCUGAGAGAAAAGUUUUAAAUGAUGUUAUUUACAAUGAAGAGCAGCAUGAAUGGCCAAAACAUUCAAUAUAUAAUUCUAAAAGGCGCAUAGAGAUAUCUCGUAAUAGCCAAAAUCGUACAUAUUCGUUGAACAAUCACAAAACCAAAGAACAUUCUUCCCGGUUUCUGGAACAAUCAUGGCCGCUCCUAAAUAAAAAUCAUAGUAUGUUAGAAGAAAAACCUAAAAAUCUGACUAAUCAUGUUUCUCUUCUUCCUAUACAUGCUCCGAGCACGACGCAUCUCUGAGUAUUUCUGAAAACUAAAUUUAACGAAAACUAACUUUGUGCAAGAUGUCGUCAUGCCUUGAACUAUUUUGUUGAUAAAAUCAAUUUUCCUAUAAAAUGAAUUUUCAAGCAAGAGCGAUAUUUAUUAUAUAUUAUAUAUUAUUAUAUAUAUAUUAUUAUCAUUAUAUUUAUUAAAGAAAUAUUUAAAAAAUGAAAUGAAAAUUUUUCGGAUAUGUAGAUUUGCCAUCUUGACUCAAUCCCUACUUCUGUUGUGGCUUGUACAUAUUUAUUGACGCGUUUAUUUCUGGCAUAUUUAUGUGUUAUGUAUUUAAUGAUAUAUUUCUGUAUAUAAACUAUAAAAUAUAUAUUUAUUAAGCCUUUUGGAAUGUAUUUAUGUCACGUGUUUAUUGACAUUUAAUUAUUAAUAUAAUAAUAUAA